AUGGCUGACGCAGGUUUCUUCAAGGGCACGUCUGCCGACCAAGACCGGAGGUUCUCCGACAAGGAGCUAAAACUCUUAAAGUCAAUGAAGUUCCCUCCCGAAUUCGACAAAAAGGUUGACAUGCGCAAAGUCAACUUGACUGUCAUACGUCCAUGGGUAACCAAGAAAGUCAUAGAGCUCGUCGGCUUCGAGGACGAAGUCGUCGUAGAGUAUGCUAUGGGCUUGCUAGAAGACGAGUCAUCACCAACGCCCGACCCCAAAAAGAUGCAAAUAAACCUGACAGGUUUCCUCACCAAAUCUACCGCUUCAUUCAUGUCCGCCCUUUGGGCACUCCUCCUCGAAGCGCAGGAAUCACAUGCUGGCAUCCCGAAAACAUUCGUUGAGGAGAAGAAAGCCGAAAUGCGUCAGGCAAAAGAGGGCGAUACGCGCGCUUUGGACGAGAGAGAUCAGGGAGAGGACGGGGCCGUGGUCGAGGUGGGUUUGGCUACGAUUCGGAGAGGGGUGGCGGUGGCGGAAGAGGAGGUGGUCGUGGAGGAGCCAGGGACAGUGGAUGGGGAAAUAGAGGCGGCCCUCGGGGUGGUUACGACGGUGGUCCCAGAGGUGGCGGAGGGCGUCGUUUCCGCUCGCGCUCUCGUACUCGCUCCCGUAGCCCACCCCGUCGUCGUUCUCGUUCUCGCACCCCUUCAAGUGAUCGUUCCUCUCGUUCCCGAACACCACCUGCCCGUCGUGCGCCCCUACCACCACCACCACCUCGCGGUCGCUCUCGUUCCACUUCCCGAAGCCCCCCACCCCGCAGCAGCCGUGAUCGCCCUCCUUCCAUCUCCAGCCGCAGCUCUCGUUCUCGUUCUCGCUCUCGUUCCCCGACUCCCGUCCGUCGUCCUCGUUCCAUCUCUCGCUCUCGCUCUCCACCGUCCCCUCCCACCCGGCGCCGCCGUCGUUCCCCUUCGUACUCUCCACCCCCUCCGAGGAGACGCGGAGGCGGCGGUCGUGGUGGCAGGGGGUCGAGGAGGGGAAGAGAUAGUCGGAGUCCACCGCCAAGAAGGCGAAGGAUUAGCUCGAGCAGGAGUAGGAGUCGUAGCCGGAGCCCGUAUGCCAGGAGUCCGCCGAGGAGGAGGAGAAGUCCUACGCCCAAUGACAGGGACAGAAGAAGGCGCCUGUCACCUGUUGAUAAUCGAAGAGGUGGUGGCGGAAGAGAUAGAGGCGUUCGGAGGAGUCGGAGCAGGAGCAGGAGCAAGGAUAGCAGGAAGAUGGACUGGUGGUGAUGGUGGCGGACUGAAAAUCAAGGGACAGGCGGAAGUGGAGCGAAGGAAAAGUAAAUGGGAGGAAGAGGAGAAGCAAUCCGGUACAGAUAAGAGAUCGGACAGGGAAGAGCUAGAAAAGAGGGAAAACGAACUCAAGGAGAAGGCGUUGAGAAAUAAGGUUGUCAGGACGCGCAAGCCGAGCGGGCAGAAUUCCGGUGGCAGCGGCAGCGGAGGAUCUGGCUCGAUUUCAGCAAGUGGCGAGUAA